UGUUCUCUACAUCACAUCCUCUCCAGUGAGUGUGUGGCUUCACUUUUAACCUGCUGACAUUUUAUUUUUUUGUAAAAAGCGCCCGAGUGCUGACAGAGCUCUUCAUCGGAAAACACAAUAAAUUGAACUUGAACGUAUUAAUUCAUCCCUCUGCUUCUUCUCGGGAGCCGUAAGCCAUCGAGGGAGAGAGGGCGCUAUGGAGGCGGAUGUGGCUCAGGCCCACAAUGAACAAGAAGACAGAGGUAUGGAUGCUGAAUGCUUCCAGGUUGCAAGGACGAAAAUAAUUCAGCCGACGUCUCUUCAAGACCCCAAACUGGAGAAGCUCAAGGAGGCACUGGUGGAUUGGAUCAAUCGCACUCUGAAAGAAGAGCACAUCGUGGUUCGGAGUGUGGAUGAGGAUCUGUACGACGGGCUGGUUCUUCAUCAUCUCCUCGGGAGGUUGGCCGAUGUGCACUUGCCCUUGGAGGAGAUUGCGCGGAGCAGCUCGGCUCAGAUUCGAAAGCUGGAAGCCGUGCUGGAGGAGUUGGACAAGAGACUGGACCAGCCGGAGACCAAGUGGGACGUCAGCUCGAUCCACAAGAAAAACCUCCUGGCCACUCUUCAUCUGCUGGUUGCCAUGGUGAGACAUUUCCAGCCCGAGCUCGAGUUGCCUUCCGGCGUGAAGGUUCAAGUUGCGCUCGUGGAGGUGAGCGGGAAGGGAAUCCGAUCAGACGUUGAAACCGAGAUUCUGACGGAAGAGAGCGGUGAUUCAGAGAACGUCAGCAGAACCGAUGGGGACGCUAAUCGCGUGGAGCAGCUGCUGAAGAUGGAGGCUCACAAGGUCGCGCUGGUGAAACAGGGACUGAUUGGCUUUGUAAACAGGAGCAUGGCCGGCCUGGGCCUGCAAGUGUCCGACUUGGAUAAGCAGUUUUCUGAUGGUGUGAUUCUGCUGCUACUGAUUGGCCAACUGGAGGGUUUCUUCAUUCCUCUCUGUGACUUCAGUCUGACCCCCGUCGACCACGCGCAGAUGCUCCACAAUGUGUCACUGGCUCUGAGCCUCCUCACUCAUCUGGGCCUGCACGUAUCCUCAAUUCAAGCAGGAGAUGUCGUCACUCAGGACGUGGCGGCCACCUUGAAGGUCCUCUUUGCUCUUUUUAACAAGCACGCAAGGCAAGAGGAGAAGAUGGCUGCCAUAUUUAUCUGAGACUUUCAUUUAUUGCACUCGAAAUAAACCUUAUUACCCACCCAAAGAAA